AUGUUCACAGUGAAAUACUUUAUCGCAGUUGCUACAGUAGCGAUUGGUGCAAGCACGCAAUUUUAUAGUUACGGUAUCGUCAAUCCUGUUCUGCCAUUAGUUACGGAAUGGAUUAAUCAAACAUAUAUUGAAAGAUAUGGAACAAUAAUGAACAAGAGCCAGUUAAAUAUUUUUUGGUCAUUCGUUGUAUCAAGUAUGGCAAUUGGUGGAAUUUUUGGAUCACUUAUGACACGAAUAAUGGCUGAUCGGUUUGGUCGUAAGAAUGGUUUACUUAUUAACGGCAUUGCAAACAUUAUUGGUGCAUUUUUGGAAUUAAUCGCAAAAGUAACACGAUCACCAGAGUUGUUGAUCGUAGGUCGAAUAAUUCUUGGUUUCAAUACGGGAUUAGCAUCUGGUCUUGCGCCUAUAUAUUUAAUGGAAAUUACGCCGAGUAAAUAUCGUGGAGCAGCUGGAACUAUUCAUCAGUUAGCUGUUGCUUUCUCCGACUGGUUUUCAUUGCUGAUAGGACUUCCAGAGCUUUUGGGAAAUGAUCGACUAUGGCCGGUAGCAUUUGCAUUCCCUGGAAUUCAGGCACUUGCUCUUUGCUUAAUUCUUCCUUUCUGCCCAGAAAGUCCUAGAUAUAUUCUAUGGCAUAUGAAAGAUAAAGAUGAGACUAUGUCAGUAAUAAAGAAAUUUGUUGAUGAACAGCAUGCAAAUGAUAUUUUACAUGAAAUCAUCGAAGAGACAAGCCAGAUAAAAGGUUCGUAUCGCGAGCUAUUUACCAGAAAAGAGCUUCUGCGGCCGAUGAUGAUUUCGUUAUUGGUGAUGAUAACACAACAAUUCACCGGCUGUUCGAUUGUAUUUGCUUAUAGCACAAAUAUAUUCGUGGAAGCUGGCUUAUCGUUACCAAUAGCUCGAUAUAGUACACUGAUAAUCGGUAUUGCUUAUUUUCUCACUACCUGCCUUGCACCUUACUUGAUUGAAAAAGUUGGUAGGAGAAAACUUUUGCUAUUUCAAUUAUCUAGCUGCGAAAUCGCAAUUAUAUUGCUGAUGGGUUUUGCAUUCCUGCAGAACUACUGCGAAUUCGCGUGGGCAUCAAACGGAAGCGCUAUAGCACUUUUACUUUACAUGCUUGUAUAUGGUGUCGGAUCUCCCAUUCCAUGGAUGAUUACUUCUGAAAUGUUUGACACAGAGGUAAAAAAAAAGGCACCACUGCGGCUUCCACGGAAUUCACGCAAGAAGAACUUUAGCGAAUUCCAUGGCUAA